AUGCCGUUAUCUAUUAAGAAUACGAAAUCUACUGCCCUGAAGAAAGCUUAUCCGAAAAUCAAGUCUAACAUAACUUGUUACAAAUGUGGUGGUAAAGAUCAUACAUUGAAUGUCUGCACUACUCGUAAUAAUGAUAAAUUGAAAUGCUUGCGCUGUAAACCAAUCCAUAAAGCAGGUAUUCAGACAUCGUCCGGUAUGGAGUACCAGGGAUAUGAUGGUUACAACGAUGACCCUAGAGAUACUUUCUUUUUUGAGCCCGACGGUUUUGUUCAUGUUACUUAUCAGAGAGAUUUACUCCAUAAUUUUAGCUCUGAUAAUUCGGGAAUGAUUUCGGGACUUGAUCCUGAUAAUAUGUUAGAGAUUCUUGGUACUGGUACCUUGCAUUUUCUGUUUCCUGACGGUACCUUGGUGACUUUUGGGGACGUGAAAUAUAUACCUUCUUGUGGUCGAAACUUGAUUUCUUUUAGCCGUGCCGUCUUCAAUGGGGCAAUUUGGAAUAUCCGCCACGAUUUUGUAUAUGACAAUUACAGUGACCUUCCGAUUGCGGUCCGUACGGCUCCCUACCAUGGUCUACGUUACGAGUUUUCAUUGCCUUGUUUACCUUCAAUUAGCAGUAACUCUGGAUUUGCUCUUAAUACCACCCCGAAUUUGUAUGCUCGUUUCGGUUGUCCUAGUCGUGAUAUUGUGAAUGAUUUGGCGAAAAAGUUUCCUUCUUAUUCGGAGACUAUUAAAUUUCAGUUGGAAGAAUAUAUUAGAUCUCUGAAACAGACUUCGACUACCUCUCGUAGUUCUGUUACAGCUCCAUUGGAGCUUGUCCACUCCUCUGUCUGUGGUCCCUUUCCUGAACCGGGCAUUGGGAACAACUUAUAUUUUGUUAUCUUUGUUGAUGAAUACACUCAUAUGAAGAGAGCUUUUUGCAUUAAAGAUACAUCUGAAGUCUUUGAGUGUACACGCUCAUAUUUCAUUGAGGCUGAGGAAUUCUUUCACAAUCGAGGUGGUUACAAGCCGGUAGCUUUUCGUACUGAUGACAAUUAUGAAUAUUUAUCAUUCGAGUUGCAGGGCUUUCUUAAAACUCGUGGAAUUGCUCACCAAUGUAUUGCUCCGUACUCUAGUUACCCUAAUGCCGUGAGUAAACGAGCUAUUCGUACCAUCACAGAAAAGAGUCGAAUAAUGAUGUCGGAUGCAUCUACACCCUUAAGUUUUUGGUCAGAAGCUGUUACCUGUUCUAAUUAUAUUACUAAUCGUUUACCGUCGAAUGCUAUCAAAAUGCAAUACCCUUACAAACGGUGGUAUAAGAAAAUGCCUAACUUAGAUAAUUUACGGCCAUUUGGAUGUAAGGCAAGUGCUCUUAUUCCAACCCUGCGGGGAUCUUCUAUGCUGUCAACUCACUCUAUCCGAGGUAUCAUGGUUGGUUAUGGUAUAGGUUCAAAUGCAUACCGUAUAUUUGAUAUUGAUACAGGAAAAAUUGCUAUUUGUGAAAAUGUUAAAUUUGAUGAAUUCUCAUUUCCCUUUAGAACUAUGACUGAAAUUCCUCCCCAUAUUCGUUUCUCUGGUUCUCAGUCGAAGUACGAUGCUGUAUUUGAAGCUGGGCUCCCUAAUGAUAAUAAGGCCACUUCUGAGCUUGCAUUCCUCUUUUCUUGCUGCUCAAUUUGA